CAUUGUGGUCAGGUGCCAGCGAGGUUAUCCUAGCUUCUUAACCCUUUACAGGUGAAAGGGUUUUUCCUCUGGCCAGGAGGGAUUUUAAAGGUGCUUACCCUUCCCUUUAUAUUUAUGACAGCCCCCAUCUCCACUCUGUCGAGGGCUAUCAGUCCCUCUGCUUUGGGGCUGGAGCUGACCCCUCACUGGGCAGGGGCGGGUUGGAGGGCACAUUCUCCGGGGGCAGGUUAUCCCAUCACCGUCUCUGCAACAGUGGGCGACAGCCUCUGUUGAAGACUGGGCUAGAGGGACCCCAUGGCUGGUCCAGUCUGGCCAUGCACACAAUGCUGGGCGUUGUGAGUUUGCUAGGUCUCUGCGAGCACUGCUAACGCCCCCUCCUCUCUCUGGAGGACCUGGGCUCUUGGUCGGCCUGAGGCGUGAGUGGGAGCUGCCCCAGCUCCCCUGUGGGAUGCUGGGAAGAUCCCACUCCAGCCCCGGCUAUGAUGCUGCAAAGCAGCCAGGCGCUGAGAGGGGAGUCUCUCACCAGCGCAUUUUGACAGGGCCCCUGGCCAGCCCUGCUCUGAGGAGCAGCCGGCAGUGACCCACACCCUGCUCCCCUGGGGGAGGGACUCCAAGGCUGGCGCUAGUUUGUUUGCUUCCCUCUGUGCCAUGCGCUGGGGACUGUGCGGGGCCAUGUGGUAGGCCCUGCUUCAUAAACAGAAUCUGAAUAGAAAGGGCUGAUAAAGGAUUCACUGCCGGAGUCCGGCUGGCAGCUUGGCAUCCUCCACGGCACCUUCUGCGGCUGUGUCUGCGACAUGCAUUGUUCACACGUGUGACAGCUGAGUGAGUAACCUUCUCUACACCAGCCCCGACGGCCUGUGCUCGCUUCCUCCCUGCCGGGGCUGAGGCGUUGACAGAGGAAGCCCCGGGCCGAGACUGCGUUGGCAAAUACAGGGAAGAGCCCUGAUGCUGGAAUUUCCCAUCACCCCACCCUCACCCCUGGCUCUGGCCAGAGCCCCCCGCAGCCCCUCGCACUCAUGCCUCCAGCCGAUUCUGCUGCCGCUGCAGAAUUCCCAACUUCCCCAUCUUCUGCAGCUUCACUGAGCUUCCUCCUCACGGCAGCCAGGCCUCAUUGCCCAACGCUCUGGUGAGAUGCAAACGCAACCGCAGAGCCCGCUUGUGUGUGUGUGUGUGUGUGUGUGUGUGUGUAUGUGUGUGUGUUUGUGUGUCCUGUUAACCCUUCGGUGGCCUGGGCUGAGUUUUCCCUUUAUGCACCAGGGAAGCAGAGACGACUCCUACCCAAGGAGCGCAGCAGCGGCCGGCCCACGCCUGGGUGGGGACAGCUUGGCACUGAAGCCCCAGCAGAGGAGGGUGAGCCAUUGGGGAAGGCACUGGGCUGGGACUCAGGAGAUCUGGCUCCAACUCACAGCUCUGCCACAGACGCCCGCUGAGCACUGGGGGCGCGUAUCCUGGUGCAGAAUGAAUGCCACCGAGCUGUAUGGUGACUAUCCUGACUGGUACAGUAACUUCACUGUGCCUGACUUCGACCCGCCGACUCCGCUGCCUUUCCAGCUGACCCCCGUCCUGUGGGUGUCUCUGGUUCUCUACUCCCUCGUCUUCCUGCUGGGCGUGCCGGGGAAUGCGGCUGUCAUCUGGGUGACGGGCUUCGGGAUGAAGCGCACGGUGAACACCGUCUGGUUCCUCAACCUGGCAGUGGCCGACCUCCUCUGCUGCCUGGCGCUGCCCUUCCUGGCCGUGCCCGUGGCCCGUGACAACCGCUGGGAGCUGGGUGACUUCGCCUGCAAGCUGCUCCCAUCCCUCGCCAUCCUGAACAUGUUUGCCAGCGUCCUGCUCCUGACGGCCAUCAGCCUGGACCGCUGCGCCCUGGUGACCAGGCCCGUCUGGUGCCAGAACCACCGCACGACCCGGCUGGCCUGGGGCCUGAGCGGGGCAGCCUGGCUCCUGGCUCUGCUCAUGACCCUCCCAACCUUCAUCUUCCGGACGACGCACCCCAAGGCGUUCUCAGACAAAGUGAUGUGUGUCUUGGAGUAUGCUCAAGUGUCCAGUUACCAGACCGCCGUCGAGCUGUCCGUCGCUACCUUCCGCUUCGCAGCCGGCUUCCUGGUCCCCUUCGUGGUGAUCGCCACCUGCUACGGCCUGGUCCUGGCCCGCAUCCAGGGUAGCUGUGUGGUCCAAUGCCACAGGCCCACGGUCGUUGUGCUGGUAGUGAUUGUCGGCUUCUUUGCCUGCUGGCUCCCCUACCACGUGGUGGGGCUGAUCCUGGCCACCCACGCCCCCAGCGCCCGUCUGUACAAGCUGGCAGACGCCACCCAGCCCCUCGUCGUCAGCCUGGCCUAUGUCAACAGCUGCCUCAACCCCAUCAUCUAUGUGGGGAUGGGCCAGGGCUUCCGGGGCUUGGUGCAAAGCCUCCUGGCUGAUGUCCUCCAGGAGGAGGGUGCAGACCUAGAGUGUGAGGUGCAGGCUCAGUUCACGUCCACGAGCAGUGGGCAGGCCACUGAGACAAUGGUUUAGGUCCAUGGGGGUCCCCCAGCUCGGGCGGGACCAGGAGAGCAGGGGACUGGACUGACAAGGAGAGAAGCUCGCAGCCUGGCUGCUGUCCAUCUGUGCCUUGCGGGUACCUCAUCUGUGCCUUGCGUGGCCGCUUAGCCUGGCUGGUGCUGUGAGGAGCUGAGUCUCUGCAGAACCGGCUGGAGGGUGCAGUAAGAUCUGCUGCCCCCCGAACAUCCUGCAGCCCCUCAGCGAAGGGGCUAGCUCCGUAUUACCACUGAACUGCUCCGACUGGAAGCUCUGGGGGCAGGGACCGUCUCUCUGUUCUGCAUCUGUACGGUGCCACCACAAUAGAGAUCACCCAUAAAUCACAGCCUUGUCGCGA